AUGGCGGCGGGGCGGAACGCGGCGCUGAGGGGCGGAGGCAGCGGCGGGGCCCCAUUGUCGGCGCACGGCGGGGCCGCACUCCCCGGCCGCGGCCAUGGUGCCCGGGGCCCGAGCGCUGCGGGCGGUGGGGCUGCUCCGCCCGCCCGGGGCCGCUCCCCGCACCGGGGCCGCUCCCCGCACCGGGUGGUCGAUGUCGUGGCAGGCCCUGAUGCCUACCGUGACCUUCCUCGGCUGCUGGCAGUGGCAGAGUCUGGCCAGCAAGCUGCCAAUGUCCUGUUGUCCCUAGAUGAGACCUAUGCUGACAUUCUGCCUGUCCAGACUAGUGCAGGUGGCACGACAGCAUUUGUGUCCAUCAUGCGGGGCUGUGACAACAUGUGCAGUUACUGCAUCGUGCCCUUCACCCGAGGCCGGGAAAGGAGCCGCCCCAUUGCCUCCAUCCUGCAGGAAGUGAAGAUGCUCUCGGAUCAGGGAGUGAAAGAAGUGACCCUCUUGGGUCAGAAUGUCAACAGCUUUCGAGACCUGUCUGAGGUGCAGUUUCAGUCAGUGGCUGCCCCUGGCCUCAGCCGUGGCUUUAGCACAGUCUACAAAGCCAAACCGGGAGGUUUGCGCUUCUCACACCUGCUGGACCAGGUCUCUAGGAUUGAUCCAGAAAUGAGGAUCCGUUUCACCUCCCCACACCCCAAGGAUUUUCCUGAUGAGGUCCUGCAGCUCAUCCAGGAGCGACACAACAUCUGCAAACAGCUGCACCUCCCAGCCCAGAGUGGGAGCACACGAGUCCUGGAGGCCAUGCGGCGAGGAUACACAAGAGAAGCAUAUUUAGAGCUCGUACACCACGUGCGUGACUCUAUUCCAGGAGUGAGCCUGAGCAGUGAUUUCAUCGCUGGGUUCUGUGGAGAGACGGAGGAGGAUCACCUGCAGACUGUGUCCUUGCUGCGAGAAGUCCGCUACAAUGUUGGCUUCCUGUUUGCCUACAGCAUGAGACAGAAGACGCGGGCGCAUCACCGGCUGCAGGACGAUGUCCCCACAGAUGUGAAGAAGCGGCGGCUGGAGCAGCUCAUUGCCACCUUCAGGGAGGAGGCUGCAAGGGCCAACGCAGCACUGGUGGGACAGGCCCAGCUGGUGCUGGUGGAAGGGCCCAGCAAACGCUCUGCCUCGGAGCUGUGUGGGAGGAACGACGGCAACAUCAAGGUGAUCUUCCCCGACGCCGAGCUGGAGGAUGCUGCCGAGCACGGGGCUCCAGGCAGAGCCCAGCCUGGGGACUAUGUGAUGGUGAAGGUAACCUCUGCCAGCUCGCAGACCCUGCGGGGAGUUCCGCUCUGCCGGACCUCCCUGUCCCGUGCUGCUGCUUCUCACUGAGGGAUCCCUGCUGCCCCUGGAUGGAAGCAGCACAUGUUCUCCAUGAAGAAACAAGGAAGUGUGGUCAGGUGGAGAGAUACGGUAGAACCAGGGAGAUAUAUAUGUGUAUUGAAAUUUAUUUAUGAAGUAAUAAAAUACAUAUAUAUUUCUG